CUGACGGGGCCGCAAGCAGACACCGCGGCCAGCAGCGGCAACUUUCUCCUCAUUUUCUUUUUUUUUUUCUUUUAUCCUCUUUUCCACCUCCUAAUCACUUCUCAAGUCCUUUAAAGGUCGCCUCGCUUCUCUUAUCGUCGCUGGCGAGACAGUCGUAGGCUUGUCUAUCCAUAACGGGGAAAGAGGAGAGAAUUUGCCUUUUCCGUUGCGGAGAUUCGCCUCGCCUCGGCCGCUACUCCAACCUAGACGCCACUAGUUUUUUCGAAUGUUUUCAAAAGUUGGUACUCAUUCUUCUGACGGAAUAGUUUUGGUCUACACAGUCGACGCAUCAAAUGGUUUAUUACUGGGGAAUUUUUCUUGAUGCGUUAGAAGAGUUUUUUAAUUUGUCUAAAGGACACAGCGCCCCCACCCAACUUUUUUCGCCUCCCUUGUGAGAACCCCCCUUCACGGUCGUGAGUGGCCUGUCCCGUCCGACGCUCUGGAAUGAGAGGGGUCAAUACCAGGUCGAGUAAAGGGGUUGGCAAAAUUGGCAAACUUUUAAUUUUCCUCCGUUUUUAAUGAUUACCGUUUCUACACCAACUAUGGAAGUUAACUAAUCGAAAGGACUGGGGCACGGGGCCGAGAGGACGUAGAACGUGAGGUAGACCCUCAUCCCGUUCCAUUUUGUUUAAAGGGUCAGAGUUUGUGGCAAAAUGGCUGCAUCUGUGAAGGUGGCGGUCCGGGUUCGACCCUUUAACUCCCGCGAGACCAACUUGGAUGCAAAGUGUGUGAUCCAGAUGCAGGGAAAUUCGACCUGUAUAACAAACCCCAAACAGCCCAAAGAUGGAGCCAAGAACUUCACAUUUGAUUAUUCCUACUGGUCACACACUUCUGCAGAGGACCCAGCCUUUGUGUCCCAGCAGCAGGUGUACAGGGACAUUGGGGAGGAGAUGCUGCUGCAUGCGUUUGAGGGUUACAAUGUCUGCAUCUUCGCCUAUGGACAGACCGGCGCUGGCAAAUCUUACACCAUGAUGGGCAAACAGGAACCUGGCCAGCAGGGUAUCAUUCCACAGCUGUGCGAGGACUUGUUCAAGCGCACACUGGAAAAUAAAGACCCGGAACUUUCCUACUCAGUAGAGGUAUCGUAUAUGGAGAUCUACUGUGAGCGGGUGCGUGAUCUGUUGAACCCUAAGAGUAAGGGGGCCUUGCGGGUGCGUGAGCACCCCAUCAUGGGGCCCUAUGUGGAAGACCUGUCCAAAUUGGCCGUCACCUCUUACUCAGACAUCCACGACCUCAUGGACUGCGGGAACAAGGCCCGGACGGUGGCUGCCACCAACAUGAAUGAGACUAGCAGUCGCUCCCACGCAGUCUUCACCAUCGUUUUCACACAGCACAGACGAGAUCAGCUCACCAAUCUGGACACCGAGAAGGUCAGUAAGGUCAGUCUGGUUGACCUCGCUGGAAGUGAGAGGGCUGACUCUUCUGGAGCCAAAGGCAUGAGAUUGAAGGAAGGAGCCAACAUUAACAAGUCUUUGACAACACUAGGAAAAGUAAUCUCUGCUCUGGCUGAAAUGCAAGGCAGCAAGAAACGCAAGACAGUCGGCCACAUCCCCUACCGAGACUCCGUCCUUACCUGGCUACUCAAGGAGAAUCUGGGCGGUAACUCCCGCACUGCCAUGAUCGCUGCACUCAGUCCAGCUGACAUCAACUAUGAGGAGACCCUCAGUACCCUCAGAUAUGCGGAUCGGGCAAAGCAGAUCCGCUGUAAUGCGAUCAUCAAUGAGGAUCCAAACGCUCGUCUGAUCAGGGAGCUGAAGGAGGAGGUGAAGCGCCUCAGAGAACUACUGCUCUCCCAAGGACUCAGCGAACUCAUGGCUGCUCAAGCUACAGAAGUGAAUAAUAACAACUGUGUGCCCGGAGUGGGUGUGGCCUCCCUGCCCGCUGCUCCCGCCUCCAAUGGAGCCCCACCCCCUCCACCAGGCAAUCCUGAUGCUGCUCAAGAAGGUGAACCAGGGUCAGAUGACAGCACUCUCGACCAAACAGAAGAGUUCCAGGAGGAGCCAAUCACCAAAGAAGAAGCGGUGGAGAGAUUAGAGGAAACAGAGAAGAUAAUCGCUGAGCUUAACGAAACUUGGGAGGAAAAACUGAGAAAGACAGAGAACAUACGUUUAGAAAGAGAGACACUAUUGGCAGAGAUGGGGGUUUCCAUCAAAGAGGAUGGAGGAACAGUUGGAGUCUUCUCUCCAAAAGGAACACCUCACCUGGUUAACCUGAAUGAAGAUCCACUGAUGUCAGAGUGUCUGCUGUACUACAUCAAAGAGGGGGUCACCAGGGUUGGCCAGAAAGAAGUGGAUAUCAGACUAAGUGGGCAGUUCAUCAAAGAGCAGCACUGUGUGUUCUAUAGCCAGCUCAAUGAGAAUGGAGAAGUGUAUGUUACUCUGGAGCCUCUGGAGGGAGCAGAGACAUAUGUUAAUGGGAAGCAGAUCACAGAACCAGUGGUGCUCAAACAAGGAAACCGUGUUGUGAUGGGGAAGAAUCACGUGUUCAGGUUUAACCACCCAGAGCAGGCUCGUCUGGAGCGAGAACGCAGUGCCACACAAGACCAGCAGGGGGAGCCAGCUGACUGGAAUUACGCCCAAAAAGAGCUGCUAGAAAAACAAGGCAUUGACAUUAAACUAGAGAUGGAGAAGAGGCUACAGGAUGUGGAGAAUCAGUACCGGAAAGAGAAGGAGGAGGCGGAUCUACUGCUAGAGCAGCAGAGACUGUAUGCUGACUCAGAUAGUGGUGACGACUCUGAUAAGCGCUCCUGUGAGGAAAGCUGGAGGCUAAUUUCAUCCCUCAGAGAGAAACUACCAGCUAAUAAGGUGCAGUCCAUCGUGAAGCGCGUGGGUCUGCCCAGCAGUGGGAAGCGGCGCCAGCCCCUCCGCGUCUACCAGAUCCCCCAGCGCCGGCGCAUCUGCAAGGACCCGCAGCGUGUCACCGCUGAUGACCUACGUCUGCAGGCAGUCAAGGAGAUCUGUUACGAGGUGGCGCUGGGUGACUUUCGCCACUCGCGGCGCGAGGUAGAGGCUUUGGCCCUGGUCAAGAUGCGUGAGCUGGGCCGUCUGUACAACCGGCGUGAGGCGGCUGAGCCCGACAGCUGGCAAGCGGUGGCCGAGGACGUAUGGAACACCGUGGGCAUGGGCGAGAACGCCAACACCACUGUCAAUGUGGCGGCAGUUGAGAUGGCUGGAGAGGGAGGAGGUGCUGGUGAUGGGAAGACGGGGGAGAUGAGAGAAGGAGGAGGAGGUGAUGGUGGUGGUGGUGGUGGCGGUGGUGGUGGUGGUGGCGGUGGAGGAGGGGAUUUUGGCGACCUGAAGGCGCACAUCAAUAAGCUCACAGACAUCCUGCAGGAGGUGAAGCUGCAGAACAACAUGAAGGACGAGGAGAUCAAAGCCCUCAGAGACCGCAUGAUCAAGAUGGAGAGUAUCAUACCGCUGCAGGACGAUGGCUCUCUAGAGGACAUGGACGACAGGGAGGCAGGCGACAGUGACGACCCUCUGAGUGGAAUGGAGCCCGGGGAGGGGACCGGGCAGGGGACCGGGCAGGGGACCGGGCGAGUGACCAAGCUGAUGGAGGAGGACCCAGCGUUCCGCCGCGGGCGCCUGCGCUGGCUGCGCCAGGAGCAGCAGCGUCUGCACAACCUGCAGCAGCAGCAGAUCACCAAGAAGCUCCGGCGCAGCAGUAGCGGAGCGGGCAUCGGUGCCCUCGUUGCCAGCGGGCAGGAGGGGGGCAGCGUGGUUCAUCUGCCAGGCACGGGACGCUUCAUCCCGCCGCAGGAGUGCAAGCUCAAGUUCCCCUUCAAGAGCAACCCACAGCACCGGCUCUCCUGGCCCCACGCACUGACCGAGAACGAGCUCGACAGAGAGAGGGAGGCAGGUGAAGGAGGAGGGGAAGGAGAGGAAGGGGGUGGAGGCAGGAAAAGUGGAACUAGUCCCUCCCCGCCACUGCCAGCAUUGGCUGCACACGCUGCUCCGUUGGUCCCGGGCACUGGCGCGCCUCUGUUGCCCCUUCCUUUCCAGAUGCCUCCCCACGUGCCCAUCAUCAUGGGCCCGCAUCGCAUGCGCAACCCCUCGCCAAGCCGUGGGCCCUGGCAACCACAACAGCAGCAGCAGCGCAACUAUAGCAACGGGAACUACAGCAAUGGGAACUAUAGCAACGGUCACCUGGGAAACCAUCAGCAGCACCAGCAGCAGCAGCACUUCCAGCAGCAACAGCCCAGGCGCUACCGACGCAACUCGCUUGACAGCUCCGUUGCCCAAGGCAACCCCGGUCACUAUGGCAACCAGAACGGCAACCACAGCAGGGACAGCAGUCACCAGCAGGGCGGCGGGAGGGGCGGUAAUGGGGCGCGCUACCGACGUCCGUCUCCCAGCCCUGGCGAACGAGACCGGGGGGGCAGUGGUGGAGGAGAUGGGUACUAUGGCAACCAGCGUAGGCAACAGGGUGGUCAGUGCUACCAGCAGUACCCUUUUGCACCCCCAUUCAAUCAUGGACGAGGAGCCCCAGGAGAGUGGGGGCCCAAGGCACAGGGCUACAACACACCGCCCCGCAUGAGACGACAGAACAGUGCUCCAGACCUGAAGCAGAGCAGAGAAACCCCUGUCUGAGUGUGUGUGUGUGUGUGUGUGUGUGUGUGUGUGGGGGG